AUGACCCAAGAUAAUAAUCGGGACAGAAAUCCUUACUUAUCUAUUUAAAGCGUUUCCCCUUUGCUGGACAUUACAUUUAAUCCUGGGUAUGGAUUAAUAACAGGUAGCAAGGAUUUACCCCUGUGAGAACUUAUAAGUUGUUGUUUCUAAAUGCAUUCAAAUGCGUGGUAGUGGCCAUUUAUAAGAGUAGGAUUAAGUGAAGACCAUCUGAGAUAAUGGCCCUUAAUGAAAUUGACAAGUGGGACUAUAGACCCCGGGACAGAUACCUAGACCCAGGGAGUGAUAGCGAUUCUGACAUGUCGUGGAAAGGACCUCACUCUCCAGGUUUUACCAUUCAAAGCAAUGUACCAGACUAUCAGAAGAUGUUACAGAGCCAGAUUACAUCCAGUUCAGGAUGGUCUGACAACAGAUUGGAUAGAACAUCAGACAGAUAUGGACUUCAUUCUUCACCCCACUUGACCUCAGGGUCAAGGUCAAAUGACAUUUCGUAUACAGACAGAAGAAUGUAUCAGACAUAUCAGCCAUCUAAAUAUGGAUUACCUGGUAGUCCAAGUUACGAUUCUUAUAUGAAUCGAGAUUUUAACGAAUUCACGACAGGACCAUUAGAAGAGACUGUUAACCCCGUUAUUUUGGAGGACCCUUUAAGGCCCAGUGGUUAUACACCAUCUUCUUAUGACUUGAAAAAAUUUGACGAUGAAUUAUUUGGACGUUCAGGAAAAAGUAAUUUUUUGGAUGGGUCAGGGGGAAACGAUAGUGAACUUAAUUUAGACACACCCAAUAAUGUGAAUGAUUCAUGGAUUUCACCGCCAAUGAGACAAACCGCUAAGUCUGAAUUGCCGCCAAGUGAAUUUAAAACACCUGUGAGACAUAAUAGAGCUGGAAUUUUAAGAGACACAUCAAAAUAUAAUGACGAAAAGUCAAAUCGAGGGAAUAUUGCAGUGCCUUCUAGUGAGUCUCAAAUAACAAACAGUAACCAUAACUCUGGGUGGGCAGACAGAAAUAAUGUAGAUCAUGGUAAACCAGGACCAGCUGGCCUUGGUCAGUGGCAAAAACAACACCAAAACCAUAUGGCAUUCAGGAACACCGAUGGUCAGAAGUCACAAGGACUAGCUACAUUAUUUAAACAUUUAUCAGAUGACCAGUUAGGAAGUGACAAGUGGGAGUCUGUUAGAAGAGCAGCAGACGCCAUCAUUAAUGAAAAAGACAUGAUGAUUGAUAAACUAAAGCUGAGGAUGAUGAGUCUAGAAGAAGAUAAUAACAAAUAUGAAGCCAGAUUAAAAAGAGCUUUGAUCAGUGAUGUCAGUGGAGAGGAAGACGCCAUUAGAAAAAUAACGGACCUUGAUAUAGAGAAUGCAUCAUUGAAAGCUGAAAUGGCACAAAUGAAGGCAAAGAAAAAUGCAGAACUAGAUGAUUUAGAGAGAAAACUUGGGGCUGCUGAGCAUGAAAAUGAACAUUUGAAAUCUGCUAUAAGAACAAGAGUUCCUGGAAAUGAUGCAAUCGAAAAACAGAUUUCUCAACUAACCAAUGAAAGAGAGGAAUGGAAAGGUAAAUUUCUUGAUUUACGAGAGAGUCAUCAGCAGAUGAAAGGGAGGCUUGACCAGUUACAGGAUUAUCUUAGAGAUAUUCCCACCAUGGAAGAAACUGCCGCUAAUUUACAAGAAUUAAACAAUUUGAGAGAAGAAACAAAAUUCCAAAAACAACAACUGGAACAGCUUCAAGAAAAACUUUUCAACAAUAAGAAAUUACUGUCUCAGCGAGAUUUAAAGAUUGAAGAAUUACAAAAUCAGAUGGAUCAUUUGUCCGGGAAGAUGAAUGGUAUAUCAUCUGAACUAGAUAGAAUUAAAUCUGAUGGGGAAGGUGCUGUUCUCCAGAGGUGCCAGGAAGAAAUAGUUCGACUGAAGGAGGAUAAUCAAAGACUGGCCAUAGAUUUUGAAAAAGCUAAAAAGCUGUUAGAAACAAGCCAUAGAAAAGUACGACACAUGGAGGUCAAAUUACAGAAUGAACAGAAACAGUCUAAAGGGAGAGUACAACAGGAAGAGGAAACAGUGAUGGCGCUGAGGGAAGAAAGUCGACAGAAAGACGAACAGAUGAUGAAGAUGAGGAGAGCUUUGAAAGAGCUUGGAGGUAAAAAUCAAGAUUUAAUGGAACAGAACUUGAUAAUAAGGGAGCAAUUGAAACAUUUAGAAUUUUUAAGUACAGACGAGACACAGAAAUUACAGAGACGGUUUACACAAGAAAUGGGGCUAUGUUUUUCGGAGCUUCAAUCUUUAGUGAAUAUUUGUAUGCAGAGAGCUGAUGGACAGGAUCCAAAUAUGUCAAUGUUGUUAGGGGUUAGACCCCCUACAAAUGAACAGGAAUUGGACACCCCUGUAUCUUCUGAUGAAAAACAGACAUUAAGACAUUGGUUGUCAAAGUUACGAGAUCUCCGGUCAGAGGUGGAGAAAUUACGAGGCAUGAUCAGUAACAAAUAUGCUGAAGACAUGGGAGACAACUUAAAUUGUGCUACACAGUGAUCAAGGGAGAUAAUAAUUUAAAUAAAUACACAAAAACUUAAGUGCAUUGAUACCAUCACCAGAAGAAGAAGGAAUGCUGUCUCUAAAAGAAAUUUCAUUGUUUUAACAAAUUAUGUAUUUUCGGGUUAUAGUUUAAAGACAUUUGAACAUAUAUUUCAAAGAGAUACAAUAGCAAUCUUUGAAAAAUUGUUCAAAUGGAAAUUUACAGAAAGUUUUUUAUAUUAUAGAAAGAGAAUCAAAAUAUUGUCAUUACAUCAAUAUCUUUGCCAUCUUGUCAAAUUUAUAUCAUAUAUAAAACAAUUAUAUUAUAUCCUUGUUUUCAAAAUUCCAAUAGGGAACAUACUUUAUAUAAUUGUUUGAAUAAACCAAUUUUUCAAGACGUUUUGGCCAUUGGCCUUCUUCAGUUCUUUAUUUUUCCUCUCAACUACAUGGCUGACUUUACAAUUUCCUCUCAACUACAUGGCUGAAUGUAAAGUCAGCCAUGUAGUUGAGAGGAAAAAUAAAGAACAGAAGAAGGCCAAUGGCCGAAACGUCUUGAAAAAUUGGUUUAUUUAAACGAUUAUAUUAUAAUUAGGUGAUGGUUCAUUCCAGCUUUAUUUUGGGUAAACAUGUAUUGUAUAUACUUUUAUCAUGGGGGCUUGUUACAUAUGUAUAGAUGUAAAUACAAAGAAAAAGAUUACUCAACAAUGAUGGCUCUGUAAAUAUAUUGAAAUGGUGCUAAAUUAUUCAUAUCAGCUGUCUCCAAGAGAUACUUAUUUAUAGAAUCUCAGGGAAUGUUAAUUUCCUGCAUGUAAAUUUCAUUCUAUUUUUGUAUUCCAUACAUUCCAUUUAACAUAUAGUUCUACCAGGUAGAUUCAUAAGUUGUGAUCAUUUUGAAUACACACAUUUCUUAAAACCAAUUCUUUGGCUCUUGAAUAUUCAUAGGAUGUUUUUAGCGUUAUUGAAGACAUUUAGAUUAUUUUGUCUAUGAAUUAUGAUUUCUUUUAAAUGUCAUGUAAAUAUUCCGUCCUGUAGAUUUUUGUACCUGUGAUAUACUUUUAUUUUUUUGUGAUAUUCUUUUGUGAAAAGUUUGAAUGAGAAAAUCAGGGAAGAGAUUAGUCGGUGCAAGGAGAAAGAAAGGGAUGAACAAUAGUUGUUUUAGAAGAUGAAUAGGUUGAGAGAGGAAGAAAGAGGAAGAUAUUUGUAGAGAAAAGAGGGAAUAUUCAGACAUGUGAAAUGGUUGUGAUUUUUCUCUUCCAGACUUUUUUAAUUAUCUGUCACACUCCAUGACCAAGGGAGACAAUUUAAACAUAUGCUUGAUUCACGUUUUAAAAGGGAGGUCACUGGUCAUUCUGGGCAAGGAGAUAACCUAAUUAGACUGAAAACAGUUAUCUAUCUAUAUAUAUAUAUAUAUAUAUAUGUAAGAUAUUAAAUUUUCAUAAUUUAGACAUUUUUCCAAGAAAAAUGGCAUAGUAAUUUUGAAAUUAUGUGUAUUUAAGAUUUUUUUAAAACUAUUGGCAUCAUACUAAAAUUUUUGAUAAAAAAGCAAUUGAAACACAAUUUGUUAUUGAUCAAUUUUUGAUGUGCAUAGCAUUUGAUCUUGUUUUCUGCAAAAUUUUCCCAAAAUUUGCAUUUUGAAAUAUGCUUUUUCAGAUCAGCAAAAUUAUUGGGACUUCAUUAUGCAUACACCAAUAUGGGGAAAAUGCACUUUGAGUGAAUUUCAAAUGUUUUGUUGGUUGCUUACCGAAAAACAAAAUAUCACAAAAAGUAAUUUAGAAUAAUAUCCUUUGAUUUCAUUUUAAGAAAUUUCAGACAAAAUUGUUGAGGAAACAAAUCCAUCACUUUAACAAGGAGGAAACUUCUACUAAAUCAUGGCUAAAAUCUUUUGGAAAUAUUCCAGUAUUUUGAAAGUAAACAAUUUACAAAAGUUUUAAAACAAUAGUUUAACAAGUUUUCAAGUUUCGUAAUUUUUAAAGUGCUUUUGAAUUUAAGGAUUUAUGUUUUAAGUGAUAUAUUACAAAAAUAUAUUAUUUUCAAAUUUAAGCUUUUUAUGGUACAAUAUUUCCUGUAAAAGUACUUAAGAUGAUUGCAUUACUAUGGUCUUUUGUUUAGUUCAUUAAGAUAAGAAUGGUCUCAAUAGAUCCAAUGUUCAAUUAGAUGCAUUGUUAGUUUAAACAAAACUAGGACACACCCUCGACAUAGCAGGUCAGUGACUGAAUUAUAGUACAUGUGUACCUAUGCCUUAUUUUGUAGCCUGGAUUUUAAGUAUUCAUAUUGUCAGAUUAUAAAGUGCAGUUUUCCCUGCUUUCAAAAUCUUUCUGUGUAAAUCUGUCCUAGUUUCUUACUUCUGUGCAUACAACAAGAAACUAAUACUGCAUACGUGACAUAUACUGUAGGUACAUAUAUUAGUAUUGGAUUCGACCCUGAACUUAAUAAUUGGUAAAAUUAAUUCUGUUCAAAACACCAUUGUCCUAUAUUACUUAUAUAUAAACUUAAAAUCCUUGAUUUGCAAAAUUCAAAACUAUCCUAAAAAAUUCAUAGAUUAUUAAUUGGGUUCCAUUUAUCAGUUUUGUUAGAAUUAUAGUAUUAGUAAAAUUAUAGUAAAAUGACAUUAAAAAGCCUUUUAACAGUUGAUUCCAACAGUCCUUAGUGCUUGGAGUUGAAAGAUCCAGUUAUCCUCUUCUUUUUAAAAGGAUACCCAAUCUACAUUGUAUUUAUCAAAUUCACAAAAAUAUAAUGUACUUCCAUUAUCCAUUAUAACCAAUUGGUAAAAAAUCAUUUAUAAACUUAAUGCUACAAUUAAAACAUAUUAUUUUCAUUUGUAACUUGCAAUUCAAAAAGCAGCUGAUUUUGAUUUAUUUUAAAUGUAUUUGAUAUUAGUUUUGCAAAGCAAAAUAUUUUUUGUUGAAAAUCAAAGUAUAUGUUUUAAAUGUAUUUUUUUUAUGUCUAGUCAGCAAAAAUUGUAAAACUGGAAAUGAUGCAUUGACAGUAUUAGUUUAAGUCUCAACAUUUUAUCUGUCAUUGCAACAUUUUCAAUUUUUAUUGUUUUUGAGUCACUGUAAUUUUUAUGUAUUAAACCAGCACUGCCAUGUUUAUAAUUUUAAUGCAUUUAAAUAGAAUAUUAUAAAACUAUAGUAAGUGUAUACAUUUUGAUUCUGGAAUGUUUGUAUAUUUUUCAAAUGUAUUUUUUCUUCUUCAAAAAAGGUCAAUAUACUUUAUUGACUGAUCGAUGUUUUUAGGGGAAAGGACUUUUGAGAGUCUAUAUUUAAUCUAUAUCCUUUCCUUUUUAAAAGUAAUUGUAAAAAUUAUUUUGGGGUUUUACCUUCCUAAGGUAUAAUUUUAAUGACAAUUUUGUAAGGAUAUAGACAUUUCAAUUUGUCAUUUUUCAACACAAUUAGUUUAUUAUUAUUUUCAAACUUCUCAGUUAUAAUUAAUGUACUACAAAUGAAACAAGAGUUUAUCAAACUGAUAGCAUCAUUGCUUAUUAUUGAAAAUGAGCGGUAAGUUCUUUAUUAUUUAACUCUAUAUUGAGUCAUUAUUAGAGAAAUUUUGUCUAUGACAAAACGUUGUAUUAAAAUACCAAAUUGUUAUAUUUUUGCCAAAAUCAAAUAUUUU